AUGGCAGCCUGUGGAAGCUUAAGACACAUCUUUGAAAACACCAUACCUGAAAAAAACUCAUCUUCUUCUUCAUUGAUUGAUUCCCUCUUAAAGAAGCCAAUUAAGCCUCUUAAAACACCCAUUGACCACUCUUUAACUGAGAUUUUCGGCGAACUUCAUUUCAAAGAAAACAAUACAACAGCACAAACUGAAUGUGAACCUGUACAACCUGCAUCAGUAUCGGCUUUUUUUACGCCGCCAUUGACUGCGUCAUCAGGAUCAACAGCAUUACCAAUUGAGUCAAUUUACGAGAAUGGCAAUCAAGAAGAAGAGAAGAGUGAAGGUAUAAUAAGUGCUUUGUUCACUAAUACAAAUAACGAUGGGUACUCAAAAACGUACCAUCGAAGGAGUGAGAGCCUGCAGUUCUGCACUGAAGGGCUUGGGUCUGAGAGUUUGUAUGAUGGGGAUGAUUUGAUGACGGAAAAGGAUUCGAGUCUGAUGAAUGAUAGGGAGGAGAAAGUGCAUGUUAGAAGGCAUUCGGGUGACUCUUAUUCUUACAGUAGGAAUAUAAGAGGUGGUGAAAAGGCUAUGUUUCCGCCACCUAUAUCUUAUAUAGGACAGACAGGUAAACCAUCUGUUUCGUUUCAGUCGUACAGACAGAAUGGAAGGUUUGUGUUGAAGGAGGUUAGGAUUCCUACACAAGAGUGUCUGCAAGCUAAAAGGGAAGAUGGUCGGCUUCGUUUAAGUUUUGUUCAGACUGAGGAUGAGGAUGAGGAUGAGGAUAAGGGUGAUGAUGAGGAAAAAGACGAGGAAGAAAGAGAACUGAGUGGUUGUGGAAGUAUAGAAGAGGGUGAAGAGGAGGAUGAAUGA